GUGAACGUUAUUUUUUUAGUUGAGGAUUACUCUUAGAUCUCAAAACUGUUAACCUCAUGGUAUCUUCUUCAAUCUUACUUAAUCCAGCAGAGCUGACUAGAGAUGCACAGUUGGAGGAAUUUACUAAUUGAUCGUGCUAGGAUGAAGGGAGAUAUGAUACCUCAGGGAACAGCAGGAACUGAAUAGAGUGUUACAGACAGACUGACUGACAGGUGGAACACAUUGGGACACUACUGACGUAGCAGUAAAGAGAGAGAGCGAGAGAAAGAGUGAGACUCUGGGAAGGGGCAGCAUACCUCACUGCUGUAGUACAUGGCUAUCUGGGAUGGAAACAACCAGAGGAAUUUUGGAGGGAAAAGGGAGAGAGAGCAGGGGAAGGUGUUGUAUGCUGAUAACAAGCAACGGACAGUUUGACUCAGAGCUCAGUCCUGUCCAGAUGGGAAAGAAACAGUGAGAGAGACGUCCUGAAAGACACUGCAGCGUUGGACAAUGACUACUGUACCAAGAAAGCUGGAUGAGCUGUGCUACCUCACGGCUCAGUCCAUGACAUCACUGGUGACAUCAGAGCACUUCAAGCUGAUCAAAAAGCUGGGAGAGGGGUCGUAUGGCAAGGUGAUGCUGGCGGUGCAUCAGAAGAGAGGAACCCCAAUGGCCCUGAAGUUCUUCCCCCGUUGCUCUACCACUCUCCAAGCUUUCCUGCGUGAAUACAACCUGUCCGUCUCUUAUUGCACACACCCUUCUCUGACGCGGGCUAUAGGCAUCUUCUACUCCACGCCUUCCCACUAUGUCUUUGCCCAGGAGGCUGGUCUUUAUGGAGACCUGUAUGAUGUCAUUGUGUCAGAGCAGGUGAGUGAGGAGUGCGCUCAGAGUGUGAUGUCUCAGUUGAGUGGUGCUGUGUCUCACUUGCAUUCGCUUGGCUUUGUGCACCGGGACAUUAAGCCAGAGAACAUCUUUUUGUGUGACCGGCAUUGUCGCUGGGUCAAACUGGGCGACUUUGGCCUGGCGCGGGCAAAGGGGACCAAGGUCCGUGCUGUGUGGUACAACUCUCCUUUCUGUGUGCCCGAGAUGGAGUGCGCUAAGACAGUCAGUGAGGCAAAGGAGGAAGCAGAGGACACCUGGAUGACAGUAGAGCCCAGUUUGGAUACUUGGUCUUUAGGCAUCCUCAUUUACUGCCUGCUGACAAGCUGCUUCCCCUGGGAGGAGACCACUUCUGAUGACCCUUCCUACUGCAAAUACAUAGACUGGUUCAAUCGAACCAAACAGAGAGAGGAGGGAGAACAUUGUGAAAAGCAAAACACUGCGAGAGAGGAAAAUGAGGCUGAAUUAAAAGUCGCCCUUCAGUUUGACUCCCUAAGCUCAUUCGUCCUCAUUCUCCUGAGAAAGCUGCUGAACCCGCUGCCCUGGCUUCGCCCCGGGCCUGAAGAGAUCCUGUCUUACCUUGGAGGACCUUGGUUACUGAAGACAGAGAAAGAGGAAUUGAGGAGAGAGCAGGAGGCGCACUUGGAGGCCAAGAAGAUCCUCGAGAGAGGAGGGGUGGAAGGGGGAAAAGAGAUAUUGGAAAGGAGGGAGAGAUAAAGUUCAUGUACGAUUGCAAUAUUAUAAACAGAUGUAUGUUUUUUUAUAUUUAUAUAUUGGAAUAUUAGUUUUUUUUUAAAUAGACAAUGAGAUGAAUGAACUUUUUAAAGAUUUGUAUUUAUACAGUGGCCCUUGGACACUUCAUAUAUUAAUCAUUAAUAAGUAGGAUUAAUUAUUAAUAUUAAAUUAUUAGUAAUAUGAAUUAUUAAAGAGUUAAUGCCAUUGCAUUAGAGAACAAAUUAUCCAGCCAAUAUAAUGUAUACACACACAAACACUCUACAAUUCAAAGGUUUGAGGCUUAUUUUGUAAUGUAAAGUCUCUCAUAUUCACCAGGCUGCAUGUAUUUGAUUAAAAAUAGCAAGAACACUAAUAUUGUGGAAUUUUAUUACAAUUUAAAAUAACUGUUUUUAUUUUCAUAUAUUUUAAAAUGUAAUAUUUUCCUGGGUUGACAAAGC